GGGACGGCGCGUCGCGAGGUGCCCGUGGGCAGUGAAAAAUGGCAGGCGCCAGCGACUGGUUCAGCAUCGGCAGCACGGUGCUCUGUAAAACCUGUCAUGAGAAGGAGAUAGAGGGUGAGGUGUUGGCGUUCGAUCCACAGACCAAAAUGCUGAUACUAAAAUCUCCGUCGUCGAGUGGGAGAGCCUCGUUAAAUGAUAUACAUAUAGUAAAUUUAGCCCUCGUGUCCAACGUUCAAGUGACACGUGAAGUUAGUCCUACUACCAGUGAACCACCACAGAGCCUUAAUUUACAAAGGCUAAACACGAGAGUUCGUAAUCAGAUCGAUGAGAAGAAGAGACUGGUAAUGGCUCUGCAGGCCGGAGUAUCUCCAGAGGGACAGAAGCUCUUUAUUGCUAUCUCAAAAACAAUUCAGGACAUUACGUGGAAUGGAGCUAAUAUUGUUGUAUUUAAUAAUGUCACUAUUAGACCGCCGUACAAAGUGGAUAAUGUUCAUGGAAACACAGAAUCCGGUGCAUAUAGACAUGUAAAAAAAGUGGUUGAGAAACACAUUAAGGAUACAUUACAAGCGCAGCAACAACGGGAUCAACAGCAACAGCAAACGCAAAAGGGCGGUGAACUGCAAUAAGAGUCCAGCAAGGCACUAUUGUCAUCAAGAUCGCUAGCAUAUUUUUGAAGAAGUCUCAACACUUGAACAGGAGGAAGAUUUAACAGAAAUACCAAAACAAAAAAUAGCCCGAACUGCAGAAUAAUUUAGCUAAGCCUAUAUCGCGCGGAUAAUCGGCAUCUAUCGGAGCAUCUAUCGCUCUCCGGUCGUUCGUUCAAAACGGAGACAAAAAAAAAGUACGCAGAAACAGGAGCGCAUAUUCGACACGGAAAUUUCGCAUCGACUUUAAUCCGAGUAUUGUUAACAGUAUCGCAUGUGCAUUUUAUAAAUACAAUCAGACGUACA